UCGGUAUGAAGUUACGAUUCCCUGAAUUCCCUAAACAUCAGGUGCCACUGGCUUUGUCGGGGAGGAGUUUAUAUCGCCCGCCACACCCAGUUGUACUCUAACGGCACAGCCAGGGUAAAGGAACGGUAGCCACGGACACUAUAUUGUUGGGAAAAGAUGAACUAGGACAACCCCACGCAUCUGAAUCCGCAAGACAAGAGCAUUUCAGUUCAUCCCUUCUUUCUCGCCGAAUCCUUCGUGGAUCGUUGAUCUUUUUCAAAGGUUUGCGCGCGGUCCCAUUCUCGUCGCGCUGGAUCUGUCGUGCCAGAGGAUGUGUGUGGAGGGUGAUGGGUGCGAGCUCGAAAGCUGCGGCAGGUCGGACUUCGUGCACACGCUGUCUGGCAGUAUGAGCCCCGGUCUGAAAUCAAACCCGGAUCUCCAUCAGUGCAAAAGCAGCGUCUCCGGACAGAAAUUCCGCGCCUCGCUUCUGCGAUGCAGGUCUCCCGCAGCCGCGGCGGGGAUACUCAGUUUUGGAAACGUUCUGAAUUACAUGGACAGAUACACUGUAGCAGGUGUUCUGCUGGACAUCCAGAAGCACUUCACAGUGACUGACAGUGAGGCAGGCCUGCUCCAAACAGUCUUCAUCUGUAGCUUCAUGGUGGCAGCCCCCAUCUUUGGUUACCUGGGAGACCGCUUCAACAGGAAGAUCAUCCUGAGUUGCGGCAUCUUCUUCUGGUCAGCGGUCACCCUCUCCAGCUCGUUCAUCACCAAAGAGUAUUACUGGCUGUUCGUCCUUUCGAGGGGCCUCGUCGGCAUCGGGGAGUCCAGCUACUCCUCCAUCUCACCCACCAUCCUGGGAGACAUGUUCACCAACAACACCCGCACCAUGGUUCUCUCCGUCUUCUACUUCGCCAUCCCCCUGGGCAGUGGUCUCGGCUACAUCCUGGGCUCCAGCGCUAAGCAUGCGGCCGGGGACUGGCACUGGGCUUUACGGGUCUCCCCGGUGCUGGGGAUGACAGCUGGGACGCUGAUCCUGUUUUGCGUGCCCGAGCCGAAACGCGGAAGCGCGGACCAGCUCGGGGGGAACCUCAAGGCCCGCACCACUUGGGCGUGCGACAUGAAGGCCCUCGCCAAAAACCGUAGUUACGUUUUCUCCUCGCUGGCCUCCGCCGCCGUGUCCUUUGCCACCGGUGCCUUUGGCAUGUGGAUCCCACAGUACCUGUACAGGGCGCAGGUGGUGCAGAAGACCGUCAUGCCCUGCACAGAGGAGCCCUGCAGUAUCAAAGACAGCCUGAUUUUCGGAGCCAUCACCUGCGUCACAGGCUUCCUGGGCGUGCUGAUCGGGGCGGCCUCCACCCGUCUGUGCCGGCAGAAGACGGACAGGGCGGACCCGCUGGUGUGCGCCGUCAGCAUGCUGGGGUCGGCCAUCUUCAUCUGCUUCAUCUUCGUCGCUGCCAAGAAGAGCAUUGUGGGAGCUUACAUCUGCAUUUUCAUAGGGGAGACGUUGCUCUUUUUAAACUGGGCUAUUACUGCAGACAUUUUAAUGUAUGUUGUAAUCCCAACCCGAAGAGCCACUGCUGUUGCCCUGCAGAGCUUCACGUCUCACAUACUGGGGGACGCCGGGAGCCCGUACCUGAUUGGGCUGAUCUCGGACGCCCUGCAGAAGAGUUACGCACACUCUGCGCUGUGGCAGUUCCUCAGCCUGGGGUACGCGCUCAUGCUCUGCCCCUUCGUCAUCAUCCUGGGAGGGAUGUUCUUCCUCGCGACGGCCCUCUUCUUCCUGGACGACAGAGACAAAGCUGAGAAACAGAUGCAGGGGGAGAGUGUGCGGGGGCGAGUGGAGGAGCUGAAGCCGGCGGUCCCGGCACUGAGGCCCGCCCGGACGCCGCUCCGCCACACCGCCAGCUCACUGCCCCUGACGGGCGGGCCCCUGAUGGACGUGCCACUGUCAGGCGGGCCCCUGAUGGAUGGGCCCCUGAUGGACGGGCCCCUGAUGGACGGAUCCGGCCGCUACGGAGGCCCCGUGAUCUGCAGCAGGUGCCAAUCGCUGCGUUUCUACACGGACCCCACACUGGCCGCCGCGGCCGGCAGGAUGACCUUUAGGGACACGGAGAUGACCUUGCUUCCUCCCGGCGGCGAGCCCGGUGAAAUGGCCCUGAGGUCUUUAUGCUGACGAUGUGGCCCCGGCGAGGCUUCGGUUCACCUGUGCGCUUCUUUCGGCAUCUGUUUGCAGUCGUAGGUCAUACCGUACAGCACAGAGCAUCUGUGACACAGAGUUUGGUCAGUCGGGUUUUUUUUUUUUCUAAUGUAUAAUUGGAAGAUAUCCCCCAUGAAUGUUUGAAAAGAAAAGUUCAAGAUCUCAAGUCCAAGUCUCAUGUGGAAGCUGUCUGCAAAGUAUGAAGACAGGAUGACUCUCGUCUGCUAGGCUGGCUCAUAACAUUUAUCAUAACAUCACCAGUCGAUCUGGAACGUCCUUUGAGAUAGCCUGGAAACAGCACAUGCCAUACAGUAUCAUAGCAUUCUCUUUAGCAUCAGAGAACAUGUUUUUGCGAGCAUCUUUUUUACAAUUAUAAAACACACUGGCAUUUUGGAAUGAGCUGAUGGAGCCCACUGGCUUAUCAGGCUACAUAACUGUUUGAUUACAAAUCUCAGCUGCUGUCCUGGAGAAAGAUAUUUCGAAACUCUGAGCAUAUGAACAACAAGCUAAGAUUCAGUCGUAGGCUUUGUAUACAGUACAUGUGGUUUGCCAUUGUAGAUAUUCCUGAAGGCAUUCCUGUAUUAUUCCUGAAAUUUGUGUUGCAGUCAUAAAAAAUGUGCUUUUAUCAGGAGCAAGAUGGCAAAUCAGUUAAGUCUAUCUCUGGAUGAAAAAUGGCCUCAUAAGAGAACUAUCCUGGCCAUAAAUUAUGUUUGAUACCCUGUGGGUUACACAGCAUUUUAAUCUAGGUCAAAGAAAAGUCUAAGAAUUCAAGGCUUAUAAAACUGAGUUUGACUAAAUGUCUCACCACAGUACACAAAGAAUGGGGAUGUCACCACCCAUUCAAUCCACAGUACUCCUCAGUCAAAGCUGAUACUAAGUGACUGUCUGUAGUAAUGUUCCUGCUGAAGUAUACUAUAGUAUGGGUAAUAGGACCGGGUGGUCUUGUGUGACCCUGCUGUUGUGUCUUUUUACACCGUGGGUUUGAGGUGCAUCUCUCUUUUGUGGUGCAUUGAGGGAAAAAAGCACCUCAUUCAUCUCUAAACAUUAUACUGAACACAGAUGGUGUUCAUGGGAACGCUGGAAGAAACAUUCAGUUGCCAGUUGGUUUCUCUCGGUUCAGUGUUGGGAAAGAUCAUUCUGAACAUGUAGGAUGUGCCUCUGUCCAAUUACGUUAUUCAUUGUGCAGCUUAAUCAUGCAGUGUCAAGCUUUGUGUGAUUCUUUCCUGCAUUUUACCAGUAUUGGUCUGUAAGUGAACAUAUAGCUAUACACCUAUAUUGUGCAGCAAUAUUCAGAUAUUGGAAAUCAUAGAUUCCGGUUGCUAUGGAUUUCGUUGCCGUAGUGAACGAUUCAUGCCAGAGAGCUUAGUGAAGGAUUUUUAUACUUUCACCUGUGCAUUGAUUUUAAAUGUGCCCUAUAAUUUCAGCCCAUUUUAUCACAGUGGAACAACUGUCCUUUUUAAAUCACAGACACUUAUAGUUCUCCAAUAUCCAACUGCAGAACUAUGCACAUAUUAAAUCCACUUGUGAUCACAGCUUCUCAAGAACAGAUAAGCACUGGAAUUCUAUUCUAUUUUACAGAAUACAUCUAUCCAGGGAGCCCAGUAAAAAUGGACAGAGGAACCCUAAUGUCUCUCAGAUUGAUCAUGUUUCAUUAUCAUUAGGCUGUGAAGCUUCAUGAAAUGAGUUUUAGAAAGAGUGUAAUAUUCAGGGGGAUCUUCUUCAAACUCUCAAAUGGAUACUGCCGUUUCUUACCAAAUAUAUGUGAUGGUCAUCUGUUAAAUCUCAGCAUUGAAUACGGAUGGUUUUCAGUUACGAGGCUGCCAGGUUCCUGGUGCCCAAAACUGUUCCUCGCUAACUGUUUGGUUUUUGCUUUUCAUUUUUUUUUAUAAGGCAUUGCUACUGGACUACUCUUCACUGGGUAAUGUGAUGCAAUGGUACUCUCCUCAUUCUUGUCAUACAAGAGUUUCUGUAAAAAAGAAAACUGGAAUCGUAUUUCUGAUAUCAAGCAGAAUUCAAAGCCUGUUUUAUUUUUUAGAGCAAGUGUAAUUGCUACUGUUGUCUAGGAAGUAACUGUGACACUCCCAUGGGGAGGACUAGGAAACCAACGUGUACAUGUAAAUUGUUAAAUAAACUUAUUCGAA